AUGGAGGAGGUGAAGUGCAGUUUGCUGAGCUUCAACUCAGCACUUCUGAGGCAGUCGCUGGAUGCACCUUCGUCAGCGGCCGAUGCGAGGGCAGCGAAGGAUUUGAACGCUGACAGCGAAGCUGGUGCAUCUUCUGCGGAAGCCUUGCGCAGGUACUGUGAGGCGUUGCCCUUUCAUCCCACAGAGCAGCAGCUUCUGCAGCGUGCCCUGCCUCUGGGUCGCAGCUAUCACACGCUUCUGCGCGCCACACAGGAGGCCGCUGUCGGGCGCGUCGAGGGGCUGUAUCCGGCUGCUAUUGCGAAUGGUGUGAAGAAGAUUCUUUUCAACUACGUCGAGGCGGUGAAGGCGGCCGAGACGCCGUCGGCGCUUGCGGCGCUCCCGGCUACAUACGCCCUGACGUUCACCCUCCUGGAGGCCAUCGUCGAGCAGCAGCAGCGGACGGAGGUGUGUCUGCCGUUGCUCGACAGUUUUCUUCACAAUCAGGAGGUCCCAGCAGCGUUUCGGCGUCUUCUAGGGGAAAGCGUGUGGCUCGCGCUGCUCUACACAACAGCGCACUACAUUGCCCACGGUGUCGUGCUGCACGCACGCCCAGACUACUUCAUUGCUGUGCGCGCCAAAUCAACGGAGACCGCAGCGGCGACGGCGGCGGUGGGGAGUGCCUCGGCCGGUUUCGGCGGUGGCGCUGGGGAGGAGCACAUCCUCUACACAGACCGUCUUCCGCUCGGCGUGUCCUCUGAACUGGGCCUCCUGAUACUGGCGGCUGGUAAAGAGCGGCGGGUGCUGCUGCGCGACACGGAUGUGCAGGGUGGCAGCGACUACCUGGAGCAGCUGGCUCUGGGUACCCAGGACGAAGCCGCCAAUGCUGUUUUUCACUCCAUCUUCAACGCGCAGCUGUGUCAUGGUGGCGUUCUGGUGGCAGAAGAGCUAGCGGCGCGUGUGGAGGCGGCGAAGACGUUGUGGUCCAAGGCAUUGUGGAUGAAGGUCGGCGAUCUGCCCUCGCUGAAGGUGAGCCUUGCCGCCCUGCGCAGCAUGUUUCUCUGUCACCGCGGCGACGUUUGGUACGCCUUUGUGGAGCGCGUGCUGCCUGUUCUUGCUGACGUGCAGCCGGCCCGACACGACAGUGGCGCGCGUGUGGCCGCGUCGCCAAUGACGAUGCCACUGCUGCCGUCGCCGUCGCCCGCUGCCGCCCUCGAAGCGGCCGAGGGCGCCAAUGCCGAGGGAGAGAAGCAGGUGAAUGCAGCAGAUGCUCUGGCUCGCACGUCUCAUGUCACGGCUGCCCGGAGCGCCUACCUGCAGCGCAUUGCGUCUGACGCCUUCUUAUUCGCUCUCUCCGUCAGCAAUCUGCGCGACACUGCAGCAUACGAGGCGUUCACGAUGCGGGUGAAGUUGUGCGGUGUGCAGCAGGCGGAUGCGGCCUUCGCCGCUGAUGGUCCGACGCGAGCGGGCCGACAUACCCGCGGUGGCGGUGGUGCGGCCGUCUCAACAGAGGACGUGGCGCGGCACCUCCUGCUCAUCGUUGAGGCUCUUUAUCUGCAGUAUAUCCCUCCUCAAGGUCUGCUGCUGAUCGUGUCGCAUAAGGCGAUGCAGUACUACCAGCGACUCUUCUUGUUUCAUCUCGCCCUCCGCUUCUCACUGGAGGCGCUUGCGGUGACGCGCUCGCUCUUCUCAGAGGCGUUGGUGACCAACACGAGACCCUCGGCAGACCUGCGCCGCGCAUUUUCGCUGUUUCAGCUUCUGCACUUCAUGGAGUCCUCGCUUGGCUACUAUAUGCAAGUGGAUGUCAUUAGCGUGUUUACCGCGAAGCUCGAGGAGCAGCUCGCGUCCGCCGCAUGCACGAGCGUGGAUCAGGCAAAACGCUUCCACGACCAGUUCAUAUGGCAUGUGUCGGAGGCCACGUUCCUCACGGAGGGUUCCGAGCCGCUUCUUCGCGCGUGCCAGUCCCUCAACACCUGUGCGACAACCCUCUACACCCUAUGCAUGCGCUAUCGCAUUCCCUACUGGGCGGUCGAUGGCGUCAAUGAGACCCCGGUGGAGGUGCGUGCGACGCUGAGUGCUCUCGAGGUGCGUAUACAGCAGGAGGUUGUGGCGGUGUUCACGGGUUACCUCGGCCUCGGUGGGCGUCCUUGGGAGCGCGCGCUGUGGUCGCGCCUCGACUUCAACGGCUACUUCUCCCAGCACCUCGGCCGGCCAGCGGUUCCUGUGCCACUUCGGAGUGUCAGCGCGUCAGCAAACACGCUCCGGCAGCCGCGCCGCACACGCGCGCAUAGUACCGGCGGGCCUUCGCGCUCAAGCAGUGUGGCCGCAAAGCCACACCGUCAUCACAUAACAUCGAGGCGGACAUCAGCUCAGUGA